CCCGUGCCUUCCAUUUGCAAAGCUCUCCACACUCUCUCUCCUCCUCCCUUCUCUUCGUUCGCCUCCGUACCUUCUCCCCUCGUGUCUGUGAUCUGUGAUCUGUCCCGUCCCGGUGUCUGUCAGUCACUCAGUCACUCGCUCCAGUCGAUUUCCACAUCUUAGCGCUCCGACCGUUCGUCCCGUUCAAAUUUGUCCGCAUUUGAGUUCAUUCCAUCGAUUGAUCGAUCGCCCGUUGGUCGGUGGGCGGGUGGGUUCGUCGAUUGAUUGAUUGAUUGAUCGAUCGAUCGAUCUUUCGAUUAUUUGUUCGUUUGUUCGUUCUGUCGCUCUUUUUCGUCCUUCGCCAGGCUUCGGGCUGUCUGUGAGGCUCAAUUGGGUCGAAUUUUCCUGUGGGUCCCUGUGUUUGGCUUCGUUUUUGUUCUUUCGGGCUCGUUGCAGUCAUGCUUUCAAAGAUGAUGGUGGAUUUCAGAAGAGGCGGGGGCAGAAGCCUUUUGUUCGUCGCGGCUUCUUUUCUUCUGGUGUUGACCGGCCAAGCUUUGUCUAUCCUUGAUGUUGAUGGCGUUCCUGCUUAUGCAUCGAAAGUUGUUUCGGAGGCAGCAGAAGCAGUUGUGAAGCAGUCGGGUUUAAAAAAGGAAGCCAUAAAGAUUUCAUCCGUAAACAUGAAGGAUGCGAAGCUAGGUGAAACGGUUCUAUAUGAAUUUGAUAUACAAGUGGGAGAUUCAGUACUCCCUUUCAUGGUGAGAGAAGAAAUAACAGCAUGGCGUUUUCUUGAAGAGGUCAUGGCCAGUUAUGACAAGGAUAAGGGUGGUAACCCAGUUGAUGUUUGGAAUCCUGAAUUUAUGCCAGCGGUCAUGAAACCUUUUCAGCUGGCCGGCCCUGUAGACUUGUGGAUUUCAGAUGCGAAAGAUCUACGCUUGGCUAUGCCGCAUGAAGUAGAUGCAGGUAUGGUUCGGAGGGUGCUGGUUGCUGAUGGGGCAUUUGUCACAGUAGAAGGAGCUCGCGAGGUCAGCUUAUCACAUCCAUUGCAGCUGCCUUUGCCUUUGCUUCAGACGGGUUCUGGCUUCGGAGGUAGUGUAGCCUCGAAGUUGCUCCAUCUUGCGGCACGCCUUCGUCAAGCUUCACAAUCUGAAGAGAAACCUCUGCUGUCUCUUCGGAUAGUUGGGCCAACAUCCUUGGUUGCUGCUUCAGAAGAGUCUGAUUCGAAUAAAGCAGCUGGCUUGAAGGUGAAGAAGCUUGCUCCAGGUUCUGUGGAGUUAGUGUCUCGUAAGGACAAACCUGAGCAGCAGCAUUUGGCGCUCGUACAGGAUCAACCUCUGAGCCUUACUGUGCCCUGGUUGUGGCCCCUGGCCUCACUCAAUGGAUCGAAUCCCAACUUGUUGGGCCUAGAAAAGGCAUUACUAGCCGUCCUGGGUCGUAAAGCGCAUCAACGGGGUUCGAUCAAUCUCUUAAAGGCCAAGGCAACGGUGGCCAGUUUUGUCAAACUUCCAUUUGAGUUGGAGAUGCAGCUGAAUAACGAGACCGUGGAGGAUUAUGAGACUCGGUGGCCCGAGUGGAUAACGAAGCCGAAAGUACAGAGGUGGCCAUUUGAGAUCUUGGCCAAGGUCGAAGGAGAUAAGCUGCUUGCAAUGAACGUCAACCAGUUGGAAGAUGUACAGCCGAUAGAGGUUUCAGCCUGGGACUUCCAACUUCCAUACAAUAGGUCGGAUUCUAAGUUUUCACCUUUUCUUGGGGAAAUCCGCCCGAUGACGUUGGAGAUGGAUUGGGAUGGCUUUUAGAAUAGUCAGCUCUGAGAAAAAUGUAGGACACAUUGUCUGCUCUGGCACAAGCUAUGACUCACCUGUAAUAUUAUAAGCACCCUACUUUUAUUAUCUUUCUUGAUGGAUACCAGAUUGUCCCUGAUAAAGGAGGCAUGCAAAAACUCUGAAUGGUUGCCCUCAUAUCAUGGUUCAAGUGUGGAGAACAGCUUUAGUUUUCGUGACCGCUUGCGCCUAAAGCGACAGAAUCAAAAUGCUUCAACUCUUAUUUGCUUUAAGACUCGUUCAAGACUAAAGACUCUAAAACUACGGAGCUUGAACUCGUUAGUUCUAUGCUCUAAGAGUUAAGUGCUUCUAGUGCACGACCAAAGUUCAACUCCGGAAAGGAGUUGAGAUAGGAAGGUACGAAUUGUUCCUCAUUGUAGGUUUCACAGAAACAUAGUAGCAGACAUAUUUAGAUAUGAUUGACAUUUACCAGCCGUGACACGUUUAAAACAUGUGAAGCAAACGUGUUGUCGAAAUGUGAGCAGGUGUUGAAAUAUUAGGUGUCAUUUAUGUAAUGAAUGACUUCUAGCUCUCGCCGCUAGAAGCAACAUUGUGUAUGCGAACUGUAUUUACACAUAAAGGUUUGCACACGUCGAAAAAUCGAUCGGAUUUCAAUGCUAGAACAUGAAUGUAAUUACAGGUAACUUAUACACUAAUAAAUUAAGGGCGAGAAAGUAUGAUUC